UCAACAAAGAAACGGCAUUUCUGAAAUAAAUCCAAUACUUGUAUGAGGGCAGCACAGUGUCAGCGAGAUUAUUGAAAUAAAGAUUAGAGUGAGCAAGUGUUAUAAGCUGCUUUCUACAAGUGAAGGUUAGAUUGACUUUUGAAAUAAUGUGGACUUCAAUCCGAAAUAAGGAUACAAUAAGUUGUGAUGUUAUUGGAUUUUAUCAAGAUUUAAUCUGACGUAUUUACAUAAUAAAAUAUGAAUGUUUCCUACGUGUCUAAUAAUGUUCAGAAUGUUUCGAAGAUAUUCAAUGGAACAAAAUACGUAGAAAGAGAAGGAGCGAGGGAGUGGUUUUGGGCAACCCUUGUCUUGGCAUGGAUGUUUGCCAUUUUGACGAUCACCCUAAACAUCGCAGUGAUUGUGUGUAUUUGUAGACAGAAGAAGAAGUCUAGAUUGUACUUUCUGCUGCUAAACAUGGCUGUUGCAGAUUUAUUGACGGGAAUAUUUGACACUUUUGUCAACGCAACAGAAAGAUCGCUCGGAUAUGAAGAUAUGACGUGGGCGUGGUUUGCUGGCUUAUACGGAUGUAAAAUACAAAGGAUGGCUGCUACCGCCUUUGCGAUGACUUCAAAUUUCAUACUUGCAGCCACUAGUUUUGAUAGGGCAUUUGUUAUCGCCAAACCUAUGAUUAAUUUCAAACAAGGGUUUGUUGUACAGAAGUUUCUGGCAAUCUUUUGUUGGAUAUUCAGCUUAUUAUUGAGCAUUCCUGUGUAUCUAGCGAUGUAUUUGAUACCAGUGUUCUUGGACAAGGCCUAUGUUCUAUGCUUCAUUGACGAGAAUGUGAUCAACUUCAGUACUGUGACGCACUACCUGCUGGUGUUCCAAUACCUACUCCCCCUCUCGAUAAUUGUGGUAAGCUAUGUGGUUCUGUUAUGCGCCUUGGGCCGCCGGUCUGCAUCAUGCAGGAAAAGAGAUUCCAGUGGGAAUGGCUUACUAAGGAUUUUCAACGCCGGUAUGCCCCGUACAAAGACAAGGAGUCUGAAACUUAUGUGUGGCAUUGUUGCAGGGUUUGUUUUGGCAUGGACACCUUACUUCACAAUAUCUUACUUAAGCCUAUUUCCUGGAUAUAAUCAUCCAUCUGUGCAAGUUGGUGUUCUUUUGUACUACUUAAACGGAAUAAUAAACCCAGUGGUUUUCUUUAUCUUUCACCGUACAAAACCAGUCAAUUCUUCGACGAGCUCUUCUUCAAAUGAAACAGCAACAAAUGCAAGCAGGAUAACAAGGUCCUUCCGAACAUUCCAACCAAUUGACGAUAAGUUAAAUGAUAAGACCCUUUAAGGGAGUCAAUUAAUCAGUAUCAGUAUGUGGUGAAAGUUUAUUUAAAUUCAUUGAUAUGACAACGAGGAAUUCAAAUGGGAUACAAAAACAAAAAAAUCAAAGCCAAUUGUAGGACAUUAAAGAGAUUAUCAUGAUUAAUGGUUUGGCAAGGAUUUUCAAGGACAAAUAAUAUUAUUUUAAAUGAAUACAAGUGCUAAUCAACAACAUCAAUAAUUUCAGGCCUCAUAUAUAUAUAUAGUCAUAUUAGGCAUAUUAUAUAUAUACUCAUUCAUGUCACACAUAUAGCAGUUAUGUUAAGCAAAAGUCGAUAUGUAAGAAAAGGAACAAAUUGUAGAAAUGAAAUUGAAUCAUCUGAUAUGCAUAUUAGAUUUAUUACGAAACAAAUGACUUUUAAAGUGAAACUGAAGUAUAAAAACAGAAGAAAUCAACCAUAAUGAGCACCCUCUUAUUCCGAAUGUGUUAGAAUUCAACCAGAGAUCACCAACGCCAAUAAAACCGAAAGUGUAAAUAUUAAAGCAAAGGAUCUACACCCACUUUAACCGGGAAUGUAUGUAUUAUUUUAUGUCUUAUUAUCACAUUCCCCUUACUAAUUAUAUCUUUUUGUAUAAUGAUGAACUCCAAAACCUGUUCGAAAGCCGCUUUUACCCACCUCAUUAUACCUGUGUUAACAUGUAGUUAUAUUGAGUUUUCACAUGCUUUUACUUAAAUGUAGACUGUGAUAUAGUAAAAUAAUACUGAGUUUAGUUGAGUGGAGUUGGUAGCGGUACCUCGACUCGUCCAACGAAACGCAACUCACUUAAUUUGGUCAACAUCUUUGUACGGGGUCAUUGGCAUUUCUGCGAUAUAUUUAGACUACAUGUAUAUUUAUUUUACUAUAUCUUACGAGGUGUCUCGACAUUUAUGAAAAAAAUCAUUCAAUAUGAAUGUCAGUUAAACAUGUGCAUUAGUUCAUCGGAAUCAAAAUGCUAAUUAACAAAAUGAAUGACCAUGUUUCAA